GAAUCCCGUGACUGUCACAAGUCUCUCUGCGCUGAUACCCAGCUCUCUCUGUCUCUCUCUCUCUCUUUCUGUGUGAGCGAGUCUGAGAGUGCAGGCAGCUCCCACAAACAUGCCUGAGGGUCUCAUCACUUCCAGGUCAAUCCAGAAUGUGCACACUGGAGUAGAUUUGGCAGUCCCAGAGUACCAGGAGAUCCAUGGCAAACUGAUGUCAGGCCAUGUGGAGUAUCAAAUUGUUGUUGUCACUCAACUGGCCUCCUUCAAGUCUGCAAAGCACAAACCCAAAGAUGUUGUUCAGUUAGUGGUAUCCAAGAAGUACAGUGAGAUUGAUGAUUUGUAUCAAAAGCUGAUCACCCAGUAUCCAAAGGCAAAAUUGCCCCCCAUGCCUAGAAAAGUUUUAUUCGUGGCGGAGGCUGAUAUAAGGGAAAGAAGAGUGAUUUUUGAUGAAAUCUUCAGGUUCAUCGCGAAGGACACAACUCUCGCAUCGAGCCCUGAGUUGUUGGAGUUUUUAGGAGCAAAAAUGAAAGACCUUGGUGACUUGAAAUUUAAAACUCAAAAUUCUACGGAUGAGGAAUUGCAAGAAGACGGAGACGACUCUGGAGAUUUCUUCAAUCAAGAGACCUCUGAAGAUAUUGGUGUGCUGAGAUCAUCAAAAACCCUUAUGCCUACUGUGGAGAAGACUGAAGAAAUUUCUGAUCCGCUGGGUGUUAUGAGCUACAGAUUGAAGAAAACUGAGGCCUCGAACCAGGAAGCUAAACCGAACCUGACACUUUUUGAUGAGGAAGUGGAUGCUGAUGCUGGGCUUUUUGAACCAGUGAAAAGUUUCACCAACCCAGCCACAAAGAAAUCCUUUUUGAACGAUGCUGCUUUCAGAUUAUUUGAGGACCCAGACUUGGGAGGAACUGUCCAAGCAGGUGACCCUUUAUUACUUCCAGCUGCUUUUGAUCUUCAAGCUGGUGCUACAAAUGUAAACUUUGAUGAAAGCACUGAAGAACUAUUCAGGGUUGAAGAUGACUUGGAGAAGUUAUUGAAGCUAAGUUCCAGCAAUAAAGACAAGCCAAGUGUGCCCGCCAAACCAAGUGUGCCCGCCAAACCAAGUGUGCCCGCCAAACCAAGUGUGCCCAAAAAGGCAGCGUUGUCAUCUGAAAUGAAGAGCAAUCCCGCAACAGAACACCGUUCCUUUAAAAACACGGCAGCUGACAUGGAUGAACUGGAUAUUCUGAAAUACAUUCAAGAGAAUGAGAAAUUGAAUAGUGACUCAUUCGAUCUCUUUUGAAUAGACUCUCCAGCAAUAUCUCACAAAUGCUUUAAGUAGUAACCUCUGUGACCUACCAGCAAUUCAUCGUAUGGUCCAAUUGCACUCAUGGAUGGAAGAGACAAUUAAAAUAGCCACUUUUAAGUUUCUGAGGCAAAGAAACAACAUAUUCAAGUUGCUGAAACGUCUGAAUUAGAAAAUAAGAAAAAACAUUCAAGUUGCUGAAAUAUAUGAAUUAGAAAAUUCAUAUAUUUAAGUGAAAAUUAAGACAUUAAAUCAGUGAAAAUUAAUCAGAAAAUUAGCAGCAAGAUAGUUACAGUUUUUUAUUCUCUCCCAUCCAAGGUCAUGGUAGCCAGGGAGAUGCAUUGCCCUAUAUAUGUAGUGAGAAUCGGUUUAUCAGGAUUGUAAAUCUCAAAGAAGAAAACUGUGACAUACACCAUGAUUCAUAAACAAAAUAUUUGAACUAUCAAGUCAUGCCUUUCUUUAUUUGUUCUUACAAGAAAGAAAUUCCUGGUGGCAUUUACAAAUUAAGGCCUUAUGGAAAUUCAAAAAUAAGGCCUUGAAAAAUAUCCGUGCCUCUUGGCAUUAUUAUCAGUUCUAAGUGUCAGUUUGCAGUAUUCACUAACAAUUGGGUAUUGAAUUCCUCCAUUUACAAUUGUUUAUGUCAAGGUCAGAAAUGUUAGUUUUCAAAUGUAUAUGUCUGUCUGUUGGUGAGAAGCUGUGGCUCAGACAUUGCUUUGAUCUUCAGACUCCAGUCUGCUCUUUCACUUCAAUAAAUGAUGUAAUGCAGCAGGUAGUGGCCACAUUAAAAUAUAGGAGCAACAUUGGGAAUGAAGACCGGGUGGGACUGGGAAGAUGCUUGCCUUUGGAUCAUAUACAAGUAUCCCUGUUUUGUCCAGAAACUGCAAUAUUUAUUGUAAAGAUAGCUUUCUCUCUGGCAUAAUUGAAACAAGGGAAAUUCUUCCGAGUGUAUGAGGUAAUAUAAAAUAUAGGAAAUGUAAAGCAGCAAUUUUUCCAUUCUACUUAACUGCUAAAUAUACAGUACUUUUUGAGAGGUUUUAAAAGGUAUGUAAAAGAACUUUUGAAUUAAAAAUUGUAUUAGAAUGUGAGGGUUAACUUGAUCAAUAUACCUAUGGAGUAUAAUAAAGCAUCUUACACAUGUCAAUGUAAAUAGGCAGAUUACAUGUUUCCUGCUGGUUUUGCAGACUUUAGAGUGGAAUAGGUUCUGGUUUUGUUUCAAGUCUGUAAUAAGUCACUUGGUCUUUGCCACCUUUGGGAAAUCGAGCAGAUGUUUAAUUGUUCUUGAUGACUCCUUUCUUGCUGGCAACCUAUACCCUGCCCCCCCCACCCACACACACACACUCACUCUCUCACUCACACUCAACCAAUGUCACCAAUUCAACCCUUGCACCCUUUCUCCCACCGUGUAUUGCAAUGUCGUAUGCACGGAUGUAAAAUUGAGGGAUGACUGGAGUUGUAACUGAGUAGGGACUCGAUUUUCAUGGAGUCAAAAUAUGAUACAGAUAUCAAAAGCUUUUCUUAAUCUUUUUAUGUUCUUACAGGCUGAAUUGGUUUCCAAAUUCUUGCAUAUCAUUUAAACUUUGCUUAUGUAAAGGAUAUUCAUUUAGUUGUUGUAGUAGUCAGACAUGAUGAUGCGAAGUCCUCGUCUAAAAAUUUGGAAGAUGCUUAAAAAAAAAAAGAGGAUGUGCUAUCCAAGCUGUUGUUUACAAAACUACUGAUUUCAACAAUCAAAAGUUACUCAACCAGUGCCUACUUGCUGGACAUCAGGGUGACGAAUAUAGUGAGAGAAAAUGUAGUCACACUUGUUUUUUUUCUGAUGUGAUGAUUUCUGUGCUUUUCCACAAGCUCAAUAAUAGGCAAUGGACUAUGUAUCCACAGUGAAAGAUACUUUGUGCACCUUACCCAGAGCCAAACCUUAUGUGAGUGUGGACAGGGAGUGUAGAAAGUCAUUUUAAAUCCGUAUAUCCUGCUGUUUUAUCUUCCAGCCUAAACAGGAGGUGUGUUGAUAAUUGACUGUCUGCCUCCAACCACAGGCAGCCGGGAAACUGCAGGGUAAUUGCAGCAGUGUCCGAAAGACCGCUGAAGUAAAAUGACCAGUUUUGUUCAGGUGGGCAGCUAGAAAGUGCUUUGGUAACUUUCACUUUCCAGUCACCUUCCAAUCUUCGCAUAUCUAUUGACCACAUGAUUCUAGCAAGUGUUCAUGUUUCUUUAGAUUAUGAACGAACAGAAAGAAACUCCUCACAAACCUGCUUCAUGUAAGAUUAAGUACCUGUCAUCUAGUUGGAUGAUGUGAAGUAGGGUGCCUCUGUAGUUAAUUCCACUGCAGCACCUGGAAAUUGUGGUGAAUGUGACUGAAAAUCUAAUGCAUUUUUGUAAAAUUAAAUUUUGCAUCACCUAAAAAAUAAUGGUACUCUAUCCUGAUGAAAUAAGAAUAGGGCAAAAAGAAUUAAGUAUUGUGUUUAUUGUUAUCAUUGAUUGUUAUAGCCCUUAUUAAGAAAUAUAAGUUGAUAUGAAACUAUCAAAAACACUCAGUAGACUUUGUUUCAUUUGCUAUUAACUGGAUUUUGGACAUGUACAAAUUUGAGAAGGGUACCCUUCUUAAAUUAGCAUUAUUGUGGUAUAAUUAUACAUUAUCCUUUGGGAAAAUUAAUGAGUAAUUGAUUGGUGAUUAUCUUUGUAUUAGCAUUUUUCAAGCUAUUUUCCAAUCUGUUUUUUCUACUGUCUGUACUGGUCUAAGCUUUCUAAACAAGUUUUUUAAGACUAAUCUAAGUUUAUAUUCUGUUAAUGCAUUUUGGUUGCCCCAAAUUACUGUUAACGUUAGCAAGAUCUAUUAUAAAAAAGAGACAAGUCCACAAUAAACUUUGCCAUUAAAAGAA